AUGGUGGUAGCAAGGAGAUGGCAGGUUAGGAUAGGAGGAGGAGGAGGAGGAGGAGGAGGAGGAGGAGGAGGAGGAGGAGGAGGAGGAGGAGGAGGAGGAGGAGGAGGAGGAGGAGGGGGGCUAGUAGUAGGAGGAAGAGGAGGAGUAUGGGAUGGGGAGAGGAUUGCAGAGGUGAUGCGGCGCAUCUCCGUGCACCUGCUCGUGUGUGACAUGAGGUGA